UUUACCAUCCAUGUUGCUUUGGGAACGGAACUACGCACAGCGUCUCGUUUCACAACAACAGCACCAAGCUUUAUGCCAUUUCGUAACUGGUAGAGUCUACUGAGGGUAGUAUCGUCAGAUCGAAAUGUUUCCAUCAAAUGUGACUCGUCUCAUCAAAUUUGAUUCGAAGAAGACGAAAGAGGAAGCUUAAAAAAAACAAUAUUUAGAUUUCAAAAACUUGUUAAUGGCUUCUUCCGACAAUCUAACCGACAAGAACAUUGUAUUCAGAAAACUGAAAUCCAAAUCUGAGAACAAGGUAUGCUUCGAUUGCAGUGCGAAGAAUCCGACAUGGGCAUCUGUCACAUACGGUGUUUUCCUCUGCAUCGAUUGCUCUGCUACUCAUCGCAGUCUCGGUGUUCAUAUCAGCUUCGUCAGAUCGACGAAUUUGGAUUCGUGGAGCCCUGAGCAGCUCAGGACUAUGAUGUUCGGUGGCAACAACCGCGCUCAAGUCUUCUUCAAGCAGCAUGGAUGGACCGACGGUGGCAAAAUCGAGGCUAAGUACACUUCGAGAGCUGCUGAUUUGUAUCGCCAGAUUCUUGCUAAAGAAGUUGCCAAAGCCAUUUCACAAGAAGAUACUGCUAAUAACGCUCUACCUGAAUCUCCCGUUGCUGCGGAAGCAUCUAAUGGGAUUUCUUCUUGUUCUGUCAAGGAACAUGAAGCAACAACCUCUUCGCCUAAAGCUUCCAAUACAGUUGUGCCUAGUACGUUUAAGAAACCCAUUGGUGCUAAAAGAAUGGGCAAAACUGGUGGUCUUGGUGCUAGGAAACUUACUACUAAGCCAACGGGAAAUCUCUAUGAGCAGAAACCUGAAGAAGUUGCACCCGUUAUUCCUCCUGCUGCGUCUUCAACUAAUAACGGCGGAAGCAAAUCAUCAGCUGGUUCAUCAUCAUAUGCGUCUCGGUUUGAGUACAAUGACGACUUUCAAUCUGGAGGACAAAGCGUUGGCGGUACACAAGUGCUUAGCCAUGUUGCUCCACCAAAGUCGUCCAGCUUCUUUUCGGAUUUUGGAAUGGACAGUUCUUACCCCAAGAAACCAAGCUUCAACUCCUCAAAAUCUCAAGUUGAAGAGUCAGAUGAAGCAAGAAAGAAGUUUACAAACGCAAAGUCCAUCUCUUCUGCUCAGUACUUUGGUGAUCAGAACAAAAACGCUGAUCUUGAAUCAAAAGCUACUCUUCAGAAGUUUUCAGGCUCAGCAUCUAUAUCAAGCGCUGAUUUUUUCGGUCACGGCCAAGAUGAUUAUUCCAAUGUUGAUAUAACUGCUACUGAUCUCAUUAACCGGCUUUCUUUCCAGGCGCAACAAGAUAUCUCGUCGGUGAUGAACAUAGCAGGCGAAACGAAGAAGAAGCUUGGAACUUUUGCCUCUGGCAUCUUCAGUGAUCUUCAGGAUAGAAUGCUGUAAGAAGAAGACGAGGUCUCUCAUGGUUUAAUAUUUUUACAGAGAAAGAAAUGUCCGGGAAACUUCCAGUGAAGUAGACACGUUUCUCUGUUUUUGAAGAGCUCUUUGGAAUUGAGUCGUGGACUAUUGAUGUUAUCAUCACCCUAUGUGGAUACUAUUGGAUAUGUCAUCAAUAUACUUUUAUUAAUCUUUGUUUGUUUGCAGAAAAAGAUUUAAUUGUUAUGAUAAAGAUAUAUACAGGCGUGUUUUUGAA